AUGGCGAAACCAGUUGUGCUAAGAUUAGGAGCGAUCAAGUAUGCCCAAGAAGCAUGGGAAAGACUGGGACAAAUCGCACAAGUUGUGACUGUGGAGGAUAACAGCACCAGAGCCGAUUUUCUCAAGGCAUGCCAAGACUCCGGCAGCAAGAUCUCCAAGACUCAGGUUAUUGCCAGGACCUUUGCAAGCGUCCAGAACACAGGCCGUUUCGAUGCAGAAUUGGCCAAGGCUUUACCCGAAAGCGUUGCUGCAGUGUGCCACAACGGUGCAGGUUACGACCAAAUCGAUGUAUCGGAAUUCGCUGCUAAACACAUUCAAGUGUCGAACGUCCCAGAACUCGUGAACAACGCUACGGCAGACACGCACGUCUACCUGCUUUUGGGAGCACUCCGCAACUUCGAGGACGGCCACAGACGCAUGCUCGAGAACAAGUGGCCCUCGUCCGGUGCUGCAGCAGGUGCACCCAUCGGACACGACCCAGAGGGCAAAACCGUGGGGAUUUUGGGUUUGGGGGGCAUUGGCCGCGCCAUCGUCGAGAGACUCAAGCCCUUCGGGUUCAAGAGAUUCGUAUAUCAUAACAGGAACAGAUUGGCACCGGAGCUCGAGAACGGGUGCGAAUACGUGGGGUUCGACGAGCUUUUGAAGAUCUCAGACGUGGUGUCCAUCAACAUUCCCUUGAACGCCAAGACCCGCCAUAUCGUGGACGCCAAGGCCAUUGAUAUGAUGAAGGACGGCGUGGUGAUCGUCAACACCGCCCGUGGUGCCGUUAUCGACGAACAAGCGUUGAUUGAAGCCUUGAAAUUGGGCAAAGUCAGGUCUGCUGGCCUUGACGUCUACGAACACGAGCCCCAGGUGCCCCAUGAGCUUUUGAACUUGCCCAACGUGUGUGGAGUGCCUCACAUGGGCACACACACCGUCGAAACGAUUAAGAAAAUGGAAGAGUUCGUGGUGCAGAACGUCGAGUCUGUGAUAAAGACCGGUAAAGUUUUGACGAUCGUGCCUGAGUUGAAAUCUGAGGCCUGGAUUGACGACCAAAAACCUCUCUAG